AUAUAUAUAUAUAUAUAUAUAUAUAUAUAUAUAUAUAUAUAUAUAUAUAUAUAUAUAUAUAAUUCAUUGAUAGUGUGAAGUAUUACCUUCGUUGUGGUGGAGCUGUUUUUCUGACCUGCAUGAUUCAAGCUGUUUGGUGGUUGUUUUUAUUUGUGUCUGUAAACUGUUUAACUGCACUAAAUAUUAAAGGUUCACAUUUCACCUGUCCUUUAUUUUAAUAAAGAACUUAGAAACCUGGAGAUCAGCUGCUGACUGGACUCUAACGUCCCCCAUGGGACCAGAUCUAGCCUCAGCCUCUAACCGUCCCCCUUCUGACAGCUCCUUCCAGCAGGAUCCUGCAUCAUGUCACACAGCUCAAAUCCUCUCGAACAUGACAAUGAGUUCCCUCCAGUCCCCAGAUCUCAGUCCAAUAGAGCACCUUUGAAAUAAGGUGGACCAUCAUGGGUCAGCUGCUGAUGCCCUCAUGUCAUUAUGGACCAACAUCUCUGAGAAGAGGCAAAAGGGGGUCCAACCCGGAAGUAGACAGGUACCUAAUAAAGUGCUAACCCUGGAAUGGAGAUCGUCCAUGUGUACACAAAGCUCCGCCUUGAGUUUGGCCGGCAGUGUCUCUUUUCCGACCGCCCUGCAGAGCUGCUGGUAGACGUUCCUACAGACCAGAGUCUGGCUCCACAAUUCAUCCAGAAAACUCACCGAGACCAGGGCCUGCAGGCCUGCCGGGACAUGUCGGAGCACCAGGUGAACACAGAGCGCUUUGAGUCUGACAGCUGUGGUCUAAACCACGAGGAGGGGGGGUGGCCCAAAGACGUGAACCCUCAGGAAAUUGAACAGACCAUCCGCUUCAGGAAGAAAGUGGAGAAAGACGAGAGCUACAUCAACAGCAUCCUGCAGCUGGGCAGCGUCAUGGAGAAUUGCAUCAGACAGAACAAUGCCGUGGACAUCUACCAGGAAUACUUGAAGGACGAGGAGGAGGUGGAGGAACUUCAGGAGCCGCCAUCUGCCAAGACUAUCAACGUCUUCAGAGAUCCUAACAAGGUGAAGCGUACCGUCACCGGUCUGUCGUGGCACCCUGACGGUGGCAGGAAGCUGGCGGCCGCCUACUCGUGCCUUGAGUUCCAGAAAGCCUCCAAAGACAUGAGCCUGGACUCCUACAUCUGGGACAUCGAGAACCCUAACAGACCGGAGAUGACUCUGAAGCCGGUGUCUCCACUCGUCUGUCUGGAAUACAACCCCAAAGACUGCCACACUCUGGUGGGAGGCAGCUACAACGGACAGAUUGCAUACUGGGACACUCGGAAAGGCAGCCAGCCAGUGGAGAUUUCCUCUGUGGAGCACAGUCACAGAGACCCGGUCUACAAGAUCAUCUGGCUGCAGUCCAAGACUGGGACAGACAUCUUCUCUGCAUCUACUGAUGGACAGGUUCUGUGGUGGGACGUUCGCAAGUUGACCGAGCCCACAGAGCGUCUGGUUCUGGACCCGAGCAGGGAGGGAAACCUGGACCGAGCUUUAGGAGCCAUCUCUCUGGAUUUUGAGUCUACCAUGCCCACUAAGUUCAUGGUGGGGACAGAACAGGGGGUCGUCGUGUCCUGCAACAGGAAGGCAAAGACUCCGGCAGAGAAGAUUGUCUGUACGUACAAUGGACACCAGGGACCCGUCUACGCUCUGCAGAGGAACCCGUUCUUCCCUAAGAACUUCCUCACCGUGGGGGACUGGACCGCCCGCAUCUGGUCUGAGGACAUCAAGGACUCGUCCAUAUUGUGGACCAAAUAUCAGAUGUCGUAUCUGACGGACGCCUGCUGGAGUCCUGUCCGUCCCUCUGUCUUCUUCACUGUGAAGAUGGAUGGCAUGUUGGAUGUCUGGGACAUCUUGUUUAAACAGAACGACCCCACGCUGAGUCUCAAGGUGUGUGACGAGGCCCUGUACAGCCUCCGGCUGCAGGACAACGGACGGCUGGUGGCGUGCGGCUCUCAGCAGGGCAGAGCCUCGCUGCUGGAGGUCUGCUCCGGACUGUCCACCCUCCAGAAGAACGAGAAGAGUCUGCUGGCUGCGAUGUUUGAGCGAGAGACGAAGCGAGAAAAGAUCCUGGAGGCCCGGCAGAGAGAGAUCCGUCUCAAGGAGAGGAGCCGUUCCGAGCAAAGUCGGGACGAGGACGGGGGACGGGAGGACGGAGACCAGAGUCCACAUCAGCUGAUAGCCAGAGCCGAGGACGACUUCUACGUGGUCACGGAGACGGAGAUGAAGAGGAGGCGGGAGAAGGUGGACCAGACAGCCGGAGCCAGAACCAGCUCCGAAUCAGUGGACCAUGACCAUGGCCAGACUCAGGGCCAGUACCAGGGCCUUUCUUCAGACCGGAGUACUGAUGAGCUCUGAAGUUGUCCUAUUCUUUAAUUAAUAAAACAGAUGUGGAUUGAAGCAGAAUAUUUUCUUUGAUAAAAACAUGUUUUAAAGUCUGAA